GCAUCACCGCACGUCGCUACAGCUUUUACCAAAACGCACAACAUGGCGUACAAGCGCCCGCGCGACACGUCGCCCUCGAACUCGUCAAAGCGCCCUCGCGGAGGCUUGAGCUAUGUCUCUCUUGGCACUGAGCUGCCAGACGACAAAGACGAUGGAGAGUUCGUGCCUGUGUGGAAGCAGACGGUGACGGACGAAAGAGGGCGCAGGAGGCUGCACGGCGCAUUCACUGGAGGCUUCAGUGCAGGGUAAGUUUUGGAGCCAUCUUUGGCCGAACGCAAGACUUCUUGACUAUGCUAAGAUACUUCAAUUCAGUUGGAUCUAAAGAAGGAUGGACACCCAAGACAUUCGUUUCCUC